AUCAUCAUCAUCAUCGUUAAAAAGUAAACAACAACAACCACGAGAGAUGAUCGUCUUUAAUAGAAAAAAAAUAUACCCGAAAUAGAGUAGUAGAAGUAGAAAUGAAAUAUAAAUCAAAUCAAAUCAAAAUAUUAUCAGGCCACACACACCAUUCAUCCAUUCAUCUAUAUAUCCAUUUAUUAUCCAAACAAACGAACGAAAAAAAAAUCAACAAACGGAAACAACAAAUUGAUAUAUGAAGAAGAUGUAGACACUACUUUAACAAGCUUUUUUUCGAAACGAAAAAAAAACUCUUAAUAAUCAUCAUCAUCAUCAUCAUUGGAAAUCAGCAUUCACCAUCAUUCAUUCGACAGGCAGAGUGAUUCGAAAAUGUUUAAAGUCAAGUCUAAUAAUUAAUAAUAAUGGCAUCGGAUCCGAAAUUAUCAUCACAACGACAAUCGCAACCACAACUACAACAACAACAAGAUUAUUUCGAAUGUCAAGUUAAUAAAGUAUCAUUAUAUUCAUUACCAACAAACGUAAAAAUUGAUUCCAUUGAUUUUGAACAAUGUAUACUUGAAUGUAUAACACAUAAAUUGGAUGAUAAAAAACCGGAUAAUGGUCUAAGUAAACGUUUAAUAAAUGAAUUGAUUAUACAAUCAGAUUUAUUAUUAUAUCUACCUGAUAGUGGUAAAGAUAAUAAUCAAAAUCAUAAUGAACAAUUAAUCUAUACAGUCGGUAUACAUCGUAAUCGAUUACAAUGGUCAGUAAUGUCACCACCAUCUUUAUCAUCAACACAAUUAAUUGAUGAUGAUCAACAAAUAUCAACGAAUCGUCAUCAACAACAACAAUGUCAUUGUUAUAUGCAAUCAACAUUUGAUCAGAUAAAAUUGUGUUAUGUAAACUAUGAAAUGCCAACAAUGAUUAUUUGGUUAUUAUUGUCAUUACCUAAACGUGUGGUGAAAAAUGAAUUUUCCGUUACUAAUUAUUGUGAUAUUCAUCAUCAUUCUACGUCCACACAAUCUUUGUCUUCCUCAUUAUCAUCAUCAUCGUCUUCCGAAUCAUCGACAUUAUUUGCGCUAGUCUGGAAAUGUUUCAAUGAACAGGAUGUUGUACAAUUACGUGAAGUUUAUAAAUAUUUACAAUCAUUGAGACGUUUGAAUCAAACACCAUCAUCAUCAUCAUCAUCAUUGAUUAGUGAUGGUCAUUUAGAUUUAUCAUUCAUUGAUCAUUAUCAUAAAUUGUUGAAACAGCAACAACAAGAGAGUCAUCAUCGCCGUCGUCAUCUUCCUAUUUGA